AUUCCUAAUCGCACGCCACUGAAUAUCCUUUCCGACACUUAAGGAAAGAAAGGAAACCAAUCUUCUUAGUUUCGCUUCUCUUCUCUCAGCUGCGCGUUUGAAUCGUUUCUUUAGCUUCUUCUUCCCCUGUCGCCAUGCUUUAUUUCUGUGUCGUCGAACCUUAAUUAUCAUAAUUUAUCAGAUAAAAUGGCAGAAAAUCCAUCGUCCUCCCCAAUGUCUAUUCAGUCGGCGAAUGUGGUUGCUUCGAUCGCUCAGAACCCAUCAAACCCUAAUCUUCUUUCGCCGGCAAAUGUUUCUCCUUCUCCUUCAAUGGAAAUAUCACAAAUUUCAGCUCCUCAGCUUCCGUUAACCCAAACUGCUUCUGGCGCUGUAGCCGGUGGUGUUCAAUCCCCAUUAACCCCAUCACAGCAGCAGAUUAUGAGCCCCACAGUUGGAUUAGAUUAUCAGCAGAAACAACCACAGCAACAAAUUCAAGCACAUCAGCAGAAUUUAAUUUCUCCUUCGAAUUUCCAAAUCCAGCAGAGUCUGCACAGAUCAACGUCGAUGUCACGGAUGAAUCAGAUCCAACAACAGCCGCAACUUGGUGCAGCCGCUGGUGGGAUGCGAUCGCAAGCGGGAAUUUACGGGCAGAUGAAUUUUGGUGGUUCCCAUCUUCAACAACAGCAGCAGCAGCAGCAGCAGCAGCAGCAGAUGAGUAGUGGUGGUUUGUCGCGGUCGGCAUUGAUUGGGCAGGUCUCGCAGGGUAGUGGUCACCUGCCCAUGUUGUCAGGACAAGCUGCGGCGACAGCUGCCCAGUUCAAUUUGCAGCCACAGUUACUCUCGCAGACGAGGCAGAAGACAGGUUUAGUCCAAGGAUCCCAAUUCCUUCCUGGUAAUAAUCCAGGUCAGACGUUGCAAGGAAUGCAGGCAAUGGGAAUGAUGGGGCCACUUGGUCUGAGUGCACAGCUAAGAGCAAAUGGGGCCCUUCCCUAUGCUCAACAACGGAUGAACCAAGGCCAAAUGAGGCCUCAACAAACUUCGCUUACCUCUCCUCAGAAGCUACAGGGUCAAAACCUUCCAAGGACAUCAUCGCUUGCAUCCUUAAACCCACAAUUAUCUGGUUUGGGUCAAAAUGGGCAACAGGCUAUGAUGCAAAAUACCUUAUUGCAGCAGCAGUGGUUGAAGCAAAUGCAACCAUCCGUUUCUGCCCCUGGCUCUCCUUCUUACCAUCUACAGCAACAGCAGAGGCAGCAAGCUUUCUUGCAACAACAACUUGCUUCUUCACCUCAAAUGAUCCAGAAAUCCAUGGCCUUGAACCCACAGCAAAUAUCUCAACUGAUUCAGCAGCCACCACAGCUGGGUACACAGCAGCAGCUGCAGCAGCUUCAACAGCAACAGCAGCAGCAGCAGCAGCAGCAGCAGCAACAACAACAACUACAAGAACAGCAACAGCAACAAUCACAAGUGCAACCACAACAACAGCUACAACAACAAAAGCAACAACUACAACAACCUUUGCAACAGCAGCAGCAGUCUCCAAGGAUGUCAGGACCUGCUGUCCAGAAGUCGUUGAGUUUGACUGGCUCGCAGCCUGACACUCCUGCAUCUGGCACAACGACGCCAGGGGGGAGUUCAAGCCAUGGAACAGAAACAAGCACUCAACUUCUUGGAAAGAGAAAAAUACAGGAUCUGGUUUCACAGGUGGAUUCACAGGGGAAGUUGGAUCCUGAAGUCGAAGACCUCCUUUUGGAGAUAGCUGAUGACUUCAUUGAUUCGGUUACAACAUUUGCAUGCAAUCUGGCAAAACAUAGGAAAUCUUCGACCCUAGAAUCCAAGGAUUUAUUGCUGCAUUUGGAAAAAAAUUGGCAUUUGACGAUUCCAGGAUUUACAAGCGAGGAGCAGAAAUACCAAACGAAAUCUUUGUCAGGGGAUCUCCACAAGAAGCGCCUUGAGAUGAUACGAGCAUUAAUGGAAUCCUCACACCCUGAAAUGAAUGCAAGUACUGCUAAAGACAUGAACAGACUUGGUGUUAGCAACCCAGUUGGUGUUAACCACCCAAUUAGAUCGUCUCCUGGUUCAGACCAUCUGGUUUCACAAUCAAUCAGUUCUUCGAUGCUGCAGCAAGUUCCGCGAUAUUAAUGGCUAUAUCAACCUCACUUUGGUUUAUCUAUGUUGAUUGAGCUUCUUGGUUGGAUUGAUGAAAAUGGCAGCUUCUAUUAUUGAUGAUAUUUUUAUAUACCAACUUAUCAUGAGGGGAUGCAUGCAUGCUUGAUGGUCCUCAUACAUUUUCUUUUUACCCUUGGUGAUGCCAUAAUCUAUCGGACUAUGGUAUCCAUUUUUCAUAGUGAUCCUUUAUCUUUUGCUUGAUGUGGUCCGGGGGGAGCAUUUAUGCAGCCUUUGUGUAAAGAAAAGGGUCUGUUGCUGCAAAAGCUGAUUGAUAGGAAUAGUGUAGGAAAAAGGAAGCAUACAAAUUGUUAUAGUGAAUUCUGUUAUGAAGGGGCAUUUUAAUUGGUAGAUGCGUGGUUUGUUUGUUUUAGAUUUUGCAAUUGCACUUGUAUGAAUUGUAUAUAUAAUGAUAAAAGCAUGUCAUACAGUUUCAUUUUCC